AUGGGUGCAAGGCCUUCGAAACCGAUGUCGCCGACAUCGGAGGAGGUGGAGGCUGCCGCCGACGUUUCCGUUUGCGAUACCCUGCGGAGGUUUUUUAGCGAGCUGGAGCCGGAGGAGCAGAUUAAUCUGGCGUUGGGAGGAUGCGCUAUGGUGAUAAACGCAGCAACAAACAUGGUCUACCCCAAGAUCAUCGGCAACAUCAUCGACUCGGGGAGCACCGGACGCGUAUUCGGCCCGAUAUCGUGGUUGCCCGGGUGCCACAACAGGGCGCCAGCGCUUGAUGGCGACGAGGUCAUCAGCAUAAACUGCCCCUACGCCAUGUUCAAGAAGCUGUUCUGCUCCGCACUGCCCUUGUACGUAGUCGGCAGCCUGGCCUCGUGGGUUCGCGUAUCCAGCAUGAAUUACGCCAUCUACCUGAUACAGAAGCGCUCACGCAAGAAGAUGUACAAAAAGAUGCUGAUGCAGAGAGCGCCGUUCUUCCACACCCGCGCGUCGGGGCUGCUCAUCGCCAAACUGCUCAACGACUGUGAGGAGGGGCCGAAAUCCAUGGUCGAGAAUGCGUUCACCUUCCUGAGGUGCUGCAACUCGGUGAUCGGAGGCACCAUCAACCUGAUCAGCAUCUCCCCCUGUCUCACGGGAGUCACCAUGACCUGCAUUCCGCUCUUUGGGCUUUUCAUCAUCGGCUACUCCUCGAUCAUCAAGCGCUGCCAGCGCCAGCGGAAGCAGCAGCUGGACAACGCCAUCGGGAAGGCGGAGGAGGUCAUCAGCGGCAUCGAGAGCGUCAUGAACUUCGGUAAAGAGACCGACGAAAUCCAAAGUUUCUCAUACUCUCUGGACCAGUGCGACCCCGUUUCUAUGCGCGUCUGCAACGCGGAGGGGGUUUUGAUGGGCUCCAUUCUGGCGGGGUUCAACUUGUCCACGCUGAUAAUGCUCUACUGCGGCUCAUACAGGAUGAAAGCGGGUGACAUUUCCGUCGGAAAUAUGGCGUCGUUCAUCCUAUACGGUGCGCUAUUUGGGCUAGGCGUGUCCGGCCUGUCGAAGGCAAGUUUUAUGCAUGCACGGCCAAUAACAGCUAUACAGAUCACGUCAGACGUGUCGAAGGCGGCAGUGUCCCUCCAGAGGAUAUACGAAAUUCACGACCUGGAAGAUCAGGAAGAUGACGGCGACAUCCUGGACGACGUGCGCGGCGAGCUAGAGUUCGACAACGUCUCGUUCUCGUACGACACGCGCUCUGAAGCGGCGGUACUGCGGGAUAUGAGCCUCAAGAUCGAAGCGGGCGAGGUGGUGGCCAUCGUUGGGGCCAACGGCAUGGGGAAAAGCACAACGGCCAACCUGCUGACCACGCUCUACAAGCCCACCGGCGGCCGUGUGCUGCUGGAUGGCGUCGAUGUGCAGACGCUCAACUCCCGCUGGCUGCGCAGCAAGGUGUUCACUGUCGUGACGCAGGAUCCCCUGCUGUUCUCCAUGUCUAUUGAGAACAACCUGCGCUACGGUAACGAGGAAGUGUCGGACGAGGAGAUUCGGGCUGCAACCCGCUACUGCGAGAUACACGAGUUCAUCGAGUCCUUGCCGGAGGGGUACCGCGCCACAGUAGGUCAGCGCGGGGCGCUGCUGUCUACGGGGCAGAAGCAGCGCAUAGGCCUCGCGCGGGCGCUGCUCAGGGACACUCCGUGCCUCAUAUUGGACGAGGCCAUGUCUGCGCUGGACGGCUCGUCGGAGGACCUCGUGCGACGCAUCAUCAACCGCAGCGACAAACGGCAAACGGUCAUCCUCAUCACCCACCACGCAGCGACUCUAAGCAACGCCCAAAAGGUAGCCGUGCUCAAUGAAGGCACUGUGGAAUACUACGGGCCGCUAAGCAAAGCUGCCGCCAACAGCGCAACCUUCCGGACACUAUUCCCCGCAUUCAAAGCCUGA